AUCACAUACAGAUUAUGAAUCCUCCCAUAUUAUUGCAAGCAUAUACCAGAUAGUAAUAAUAUACUGUAUAUAAACAUAUAUGGAAAAAAAAUUCAAUCUUUUUUAUCAUCUCUGCUAUUAGUUACUUAUAAAUAGCAGUCCCAUCUUUUUCUGGGUUCAGAGAGAUCGUGGUGAGUGAAGAUUUGAGAAAAAGACAGUCAUGACAGGAAGAGAAAUACUUAACAAGAUGAAGGAAAAAGCAUGCUUUUCGACUCCAGUCACACCAGACGCAGGAAAAGGCAAAAGCAGGUUGUCAAGGCAUAUUACUCAGGGUUUCCAUCUGAUGAAAGGAAAGACUAAUCAUGCGAUGGAAGAUUGUUUGGUUUCUGAAUUUAAGAUAGUGGAUGAUAAUGAGUUGGGCCUAUUUGCUAUCUUUGAUGGGCAUAUGGGGCAUGACGUUGCAAAGUACUUGCAAGGCCACCUGUUUGACAAUAUUUUGAAGCAGAGUGACUUCUGGACCAACCCAGAGAGUGCCCUAAAGAAUGCAUAUCAGACAACAGAUAAGGAAAUACUAGAGCAAUCGUUUCAGUUGGGAAAAGGCGGGUCAACAGCCGUUACUGCAAUAUUAAUCAACGGACACAAGCUUGUAGUUGCAAAUGUUGGGGACUCUCGAGCUGUUAUCUGCAGGAAAGGUGCUGUUAAACAACUAUCUGUUGAUCAUGAGCCUAGCAAGGAAAGGCAGUUGAUCGAGAGCAAGGGUGGAUUUGUAUCAAAUAUUCCAGGUGACGUCCCUCGAGUCGACGGUCAGCUGGCAGUGGCCAGGGCAUUUGGUGACAAGAGCUUGAAGAGACAUCUCAGUUCAGAGCCAGAUACAGCAGUUGAGAUAAUAGAUGAUGAUGUGGAGUUCAUUAUUUUAGCUAGUGAUGGAUUGUGGAAGGUCAUGUCGAACCAGGAAGCGGUGGACUCCAUUAGAAGCAUUAAGGACUCUCACUCGGCAGCAAAGCAUCUGAUCGAUGAGGCCGUUUCUAGGAAAAGCAAGGAUGAUAUCUCCUGCAUCGUCGUGAGGUUUCAUUAAUCUGUGAGUUUAUAUACGUUAUGCUUGCUUAAGAGUUUUUACCUGUAAUGAAAACGAUGCGAGGACGAAUCAUGUUGUUGUGUAAGGCACCUUAGAUGUUUGGCUUGCGGAAAGAUUGGUUACUGCGGUCUGAACGAUAUUUUUCUGUACAUAUGAAGAAACACUAUGAAGUGUCGUUUUUAAAUACUUAUAGUGUCGUUUUUAAAUACUUAUAUAUAAACACUAUCGACAUUCUUCA